GCGAGCUUGAAGAAGGUUCGGCCAUGGCCGCUUCGCUGUUGGAGGCGCCGUUUUCCGGCAAUCACUCGUCGUUCGGAGCUAAUCACUUCUCCUUUAAACUUCAAACUACGAAGCCUGUUAACUAUUUCAUCCCUCCGGUACGUUCUCCAACUUCCGCAUAUCCUAUAUGGCUAUGCGCCGCCGGAGAUAUUGGAGACCAAAUACCACGGCAGCUGCAUUCUCCGCCGAGUACGGAGAAGAGUUCUGAAGAAUUUAGCGUUGCAAUUGAGAGAAUCAUAGACCGGAGGAAGGCGGUGCGCGUGGCUUGGGAAAAGCUGGUCCGGUGGUCUCGUUCGUGGCGGUCCAGGGCAAAGACUGACGUUCUCGAACGCACUAAGAAGGUUGCACUACUUGGAGGUGGAUCUUUUGGCACAGCUAUGGCGGCUCAUGUCGCCAGUAGAAAAUCACAGCUAGAAGUUACUGUCCUCGUUCGCGAUCCUAAAAUCUGUCAAUCAAUCAACGAAAGCCAUUUCAAUUGUAAGUAUUUUCCAGAACAAAAGCUUCCGGAAAAUGUCAUUGCAACAACAGAUCCUAAAGUUGCUCUACAAGGUGCAGACUUCUGCUUCCAUGCUGUGCCAGUGCAGUUCAGUGCUUCAUUCCUCGAGGGCAUCGCUGAACAUGUUGAUUCAAGCUUGCCCUUCAUUUCUCUGAGCAAAGGUCUGGAGCUUAAUACAUUGAGAACCAUGUCUCAGAUAAUCCCCCGAGCGCUAAAGAAUCCUCGCCAGCCGUACGUUGUUCUGUCUGGACCUUCAUUUGCACUGGAGCUGAUGAACAAAUUGCCAACAGCAAUGGUGGUGGCAUCUAAAGACAAAAAAUUGGCCAAUGCUGUCCAGCAACUUCUUGCCUCUAGGAACAUGAGAAUCAGCACAUCAAGUGAUGUUACAGGGGUUGAAAUUGCAGGUGCUCUCAAGAAUGUACUUGCCAUAGCUGCUGGAAUUGUGGAAGGCCUAAAUCUUGGAAAUAAUUCCAUGGCAGCUCUUGUUGCCCAAGGUUGCUCUGAAAUAAGAUGGCUGGCCACAAAGAUGGGUGCCAAAUCAACGACAUUGACGGGGCUGUCCGGAACAGGGGACAUAAUGCUCACUUGUUUCGUGAACCUUUCAAGAAACCGAACAGUCGGGGUUCGUCUGGGAUCUGGAGAAAAACUCGACAACAUUCUCGAUUCCAUGAACCAGGUGGCCGAGGGGGUGUCCACUGCCGGUGCGGUGAUCGCACUGGCACAGAAAUACAAGGUUAAAAUGCCGGUCUUGACUGCAGUUGCUCGGAUCAUCGACAACGAACUUACCCCAACAAAAGCUGUAAAUGAACUAAUGAAUCUCCCACAGGUUGAAGAAGUUUAGCAAGCAAUACCUCUUAUCAUACGACGAAAGCUGUGUCGCAAAACGGGUACAUUCUCCCACCUGAAAUUCUUCGUAAUUUCAGUUCCUUCCGCGCUUAGAUUUUGAGUUGAUUUAGAUUACAAUACCUACG